UCAUACCCGGAUCUGGACUGGAGCACCCGGAGCUCGUCCGAGGAUCAAUCAUCUCUACUGAUUUUGGGAUCUCAGCUUACCCGCAAAACUUUGUUCGAAAGAUACCUGAAUCCGCGACUCUCUUUCCAUCAUUCCUGGGUGCCAACAAAAGUUUCCAUCAGUCAGUCCAUAAAACAUUACAUUGACGAUGACCACGAAGCUUCCGUUUUCGACGAUCCAAGUGAUUUGAAAAGUUUGCUAGUGGCGAAUGAUAUUUUUGUCGAAGAUUUCAUCGGGCUCGAUGAACAGCCGCAAAUGACCUCCGUCAAAUCGUUCUUGCCCCUGGAAUGGUUCGAUAACUAUGAAUUCGACAGCAGAUCAGAGAUCAAAUGGCUUUCCAUACCUAAUCUUAGGGCGUACGCACUGGUUAAUGGACCAAAUUUGAAUGGCUACGAAUGGCAAGAAGUUUAUGUGCUGGAUUACGACUACAGGAGCUAUUUGUGGACUGUGAUUAAUGUCGAAGGUAGUUGGGAGGUUCCAAGAAUCCGAUUAUUUAUGGUCUGCGAAAAUGCCUCCCAGUUUGUUGAGCGUAUCAAACAUGCACUGGAGAGUCGGAAAUAUUCGGAAAACUUUCUAAGAUUCUCCUAUUUGCUGCAGCUAGUAAAUGUUUAUGAAUAUUUUGAGCUACCGGACGCUAUUCAGAAUAGAGUGCGUAAGCGAUACGAUGAAAAUAUCGUUCAACACCUGAAAGACAUCUUUCGCCAGUAUCACAUCGGGCUGUCGUUGAACGUCUGCCUGUUGGAAAAUGGAUGGCUCAAUAUUGUUCCGGUGAAAAUAAGCAAUAAAAUGAAGAAACCCUACAUGGAAAACAAACUUCGACAGCUGUACGAUUACAAAACGUCAUUCGCGCUGAUUAAAAGGAUAUUUCUCUACUCAUCUUAUGAUGUUUUCGCUGCAAUGAUGGCUGUUCAUGUGGAAUGUGAAAUAGUUCGAAACAUGAUGAUGUUUGAUUUGCCAACUGAAGCUCCCAUAACAUUGGCAACGUUUAAGGAGAACAACAACUUUCAGCUAACGGUUUCGAUGGAUUACCUGCAAAACACGUGGAUUGAGCAAACGACUAUGAAGGUGUACGAAAACUUGCUGAAAACUGGCCGCGGUUGGUUUGAUGUGUUCGUCAACGAUUGGGCCAUCUUCCGGUUCACCAAACUGUUCCGUUUCAUUGAGCAGGCUCGGCAGCGAAUGCAGAUUGCCCUGAGAGAUCUGGUGCUGAGCUCAACGAAAGCUUACCUGCAUCGGCUGUGUGAUCCUUGUGUACUUGCUUUGAAAGUUCAAGAAGACUAUGUUUGGGAUGGAAACCUGAUCGAUUCUCCGUUUGAUGUGGGCAAACCUGCGGUGUUUUAUCUGCUUCUGGAGAUGGCUGAAGAUGCUCCGUUCUAUUCAACCAGUCCGAACGAAUUUCUACCGACCCUUUUGACUUUGUUUGAUGAAGCGGUGAUCAAUAGUCACAAGAUACCCAUUAUUGACCCUGCGAUGUUUGGGUCCCUGAUAUAUGCACCUCGUUUGUGUCUUUCUUCAAUUGGUUUGAAAAGUGAACAAAUUGGAAAAUGGAGGGAUCACGUGGAGCUGGCGUAUCAAAAGGUCAUCAUUCCGUUGAAUGGUUACGCUGCAAGGUAUGCCGAGUUCAGUGAGCUGUUUUUCACCAACGUUGUUGAAUACGUGAAAGAAAUUAAAGAAACUAAGACGUCGCUUCAGGUGAAAGAAGAAAUAUCCUUCCAAAUUAGGAUGAGGGAAAGUUUGGAGCGCACUGUGCCAAUGUCUAUCGUGAUUGGAUCGUUUUGGAUCGACGUGAAACCAUUGAGGACAGCAUUGAUCGAUAAACGUUUGGAGCUUACCGAUGCCUUACUUGUCAUGUUGACGGAAAGAUUGCGAGAUAAGACGACGGAAAUUUUGACAGAAUAUAAAAGUAUUAUGGAUGACAUGUGCCAGAAACCAGUUUCUAUCGAGCAUAUAGUCGAGAUUCGGGAAUUUAUGGAAAAAGUACCGGAUUUGGUCUUUGACCUGGAAGAUCGCAUGAAAACGGUUAUUUUUGAGUACGAGAUAUUAGAUUUCUUCAGAUAUGCUUUACCAGAUGGCGAUUUCUAUCAAAAGUGGGAUGCUCUUGCUUAUCCUCAAUCGAUACUGAAGCAAAUCGACAAAGUACACGAGUUCCAUGAAGGAGAAGUCGAUAAGUUCCGGAAGCAACAAGUUGGGGACGAAGCAGGUUUUGCUGGUCGCGUUGAAUCGCUUAAUGUUUAUAUUAGCAAGUUUACAACAAUCUACGAUAUUCAUAAGGUAAACGAAAUUUCUAUAGAAACGAAAAAGCUUUGGAAGCAGUUAGUUGAACUGGUUGAGUAUGGACAUACUUUGAACCUGCGUCAAGAACUUUUCGAAUCCCCACCAAUCGAUCUGUCAAGCUUGCUGGAACUGCAAGAAGGUUUUGUCAGUUAUAAGUCUCUCUGGACCUUGGCUGCAGAUUACGUAAAUGUCGAGGAAAGCUGGCGUGAAAAUCCACUGUCCAGUGUAGAGGUAGAGACAGUCCAAAAAAUGAUUAACCACUACAGAGAUUCGCUAGGAGAACUAGUUCCUCAAUUCGAUGAACAACCUCAGAUCAAAGAGGUCGCCAAAAGAUUUAUCGAUCGUAUAGAAUCGUUCGAAAAACACUUGGAGUUUAUCGUCUUGCUUCAACAUCCGCUGCUGGAACCUGUCCAUUGGAAUCAGUUGGCCAAAGCUGCAGGAAUCAAGGUGAAAAUUUCACUGACCUCUAGUUUUGAUCAUUUUCUGGAGCAUGGCAUUGACAAAUAUCAAGGCGCUCUACGGGAAGUGAUUCAAAGGGCCGAAGAACAAAAGGAAGAGCUCGAAAGGAAGAAGGCAGAAGAGGAAGAACUGAAGCGGAUUGAAAUGGAAUACAGGAGAAAACGAGAGGCUCGCAGAUUAAAAAGAACGGAAAUUUGAAUGUUUUUCCUUUUUUUUUAUUUGUUUAUUGC